AUGUUGUUACGUUGUUCUAAUAUUUGUCGAAUGCAAUUUGUCCGUAUGGUAUCAUCGAAGUCUCAAUUAAUUUCACGCCCCUUUGAUAUUGCUAAUACAAAAAUGAUAAGAGAAACCAUGGAAAGAUUCCCACGACCAAAUUUCAUUUCAUUUGAUUUAUUUGGAACUUUAUAUGAUCCCAUAAAACCUGUGCCUGAACAAUACUAUGAAAUUGCGUCUAAGGAAUUUGGUAUUCAUAAAUCAGCGGAAUCUAUUGAAAAGGAGUUUCCAAUUGUAUACAACGAGAUGCUAGAAAUGUAUCCGAACUAUGGAAAGGGAAACCCCAAAUUUGAAAAUUGUGACCAAUGGUGGGGUGAAUUAAUAAUUCGUUUGUUUAAAUUGGACAGGCACGAUGAUCAAGCAUGGGCAUUAUCACAUAGGUUAAUUCACCAUUUCACUAGUGAUGAAGCAUACAAGGUUUAUGAUGAUGUGAUGCCCACAUUGAAAGGUCUUCAAGAAAGAGGUAUUAAAUUGGUUGCAGCAAGUAACUCUGAUUUAAAAGCUUUAACAAUAUUGGAUAGUUUGAAGAUUAAAUCAUAUUUUCAUUGCAGCGAACACUUCCAUUGUAGUGGGGUGUUCUUGUCUUAUGAUUCUGGCCAUUCAAAACCAACAAAGGAAUUUUUUGAUAGGAUUGCUUUAACUGAAUACAAGGCUCAAGUCAAUGCACAUUAUAAAGGAACACGUGCACCAGGUCAGUUUCUUGCAAAUAAUUGGCAUGUUGGCGAUAGCUACCUGCAAGAUUUUGUCGGAGCAGUUCGUGCAGGUUGGAAUGGUGUGUUGCUAGACAGAAAUUGUUCAAGUGAGUUUUUCCAAGACGUUAAGAAACCCCAAAAUGAAGGAUGUUUCUUGAGCGAAACACCUCAAACAGACGAUAAUCAUAACAAGAAAGAUAUGGUGAUCUUGGCAAACAACCGAGUGGUUAUAACCAAGUUAACUCAGCUUUUAGACAUAUUUGAUAUCUAA